AUGUGUUACAAUCGAUCAACAGCAAUCCAAUCUAAGCUUCUUCCGAUUGACACGCGUGCUUCGCAAUCGCUGGAGCCAAUUCAUCUACCUUCUAGGUUAAGAGAUCGAAUCAUACGUGCUCAACGUCGAGCUAACGCCGCCAAAGAUGGCGUUGUGAGUUUUGCUGACGAUAUUCACGACCGGGCUAUUUUAGGGACUGCUACAGCAGCAGUGACCAACGUAAGCGCGAAUCUUGAUGAGAGAUCACAAGCGACACGUUUUUUAAAUGCGAACGCUGGAGCAAAAGUUAAAAUGCACUUACCUGACGUCAUUCUCAGUCACAAAAUGCGAGACUUUGAAGCUCGUGCGAAUGCAAAAGGAAUUAUAGUUACAGCUUUAGGGAAGCCAACUGAUCAAAGCCUGCAAAGCUUGUCGGUGGAAGAACGCGAACGGCUGAUGUCAGUCAUGUAUACAAAACUUCGACAGAUAGCCAGUGAAGUCGAGGCAAAAUUUGCCAGAACCACGAUGACAUUGGAUGCGAACGGAAUUUUUGAUCCAUCAGCCAACAUUCAGCGUGCUCAAACGCUUUGCCUCGUAGAUUUACAGCGCCACUUCAGACUUGAUAAACUUCGAGACGAAGCCAUGCGCGAGGCGCUUAACUUACCAGCAUCAGCGAUGACAAUCAGGCCGAUGGUUCAAGCAGAUACCUCGCAGACUGCCAGUCAGCUUCAGCUAGGAAAUCUUGCUGCGACGUCAGCCACAGAUUUAAAGAAACGGAAGCCAACUCGUGUCUAUAAGCUCUCUGCGAAAGAUACUUGCAAAAGUAAUUUAACGUCGUCUUUGUCGCAUUUUCGUCAGCCUAAAAAAGCAAGUAUCGAUGAUGAUCAGAUAUCGACCGUGACGCAAACGCUCAUGCGCUGUAAUGGACUUGCAUCAGCAGCAUCUGCUUCUCACUUUAUGACACAAAAGGGAAAUAUCCCUUCUAUCAUCACGAACUCCAAUGACUGGAACUCGCAUGUGGUACAUGUACAACAUAUCUUGGCGGCCGGAGAGAUAAAAUCGCACAAAGGAUCUGAUGCUUGGAACGAAAAUAGUGCCGAAGCUGCUAUGGACUUUUUCCGAGUAGUAAAUUCAGCAGAUGAGUGGGCCCGGCGCUCUUUAAAUAUUCGAGCGGUUGGCACGCGGGCAAUAGAAUUUACUCGUCAUUGCAGUGAACGUCAGCGUUCAGAUAUAUUUGACCAUUUUCGCUCCAAUAGCCCUAGUGUGGGCAUAUCUACAAAUUUUCGACAACGUCUCCAUAGCCAGCAAGCUAAAUGGAGAAAGAAUGCUGAUUCUGUUGGCGUGGGUGAGGCUGGCGGUGCUUUGUUUGAAUUUGGUGAAGAUAGUGACAACAAACAAAAACGAAAUGGAGAAGAGUAUGCAGAUCUUCAGAAUCAUAUCCGAAAGCGCUUGCUUGCUAUCAAAAGUCGAACACGCGCAGCAGCGGUACGAUUUAAAGAUCCUUCAGUUCGAGCGCGUCAUCUGACGUUUCCACUGGAAUCACCGACCAAUCUACUGGCUUCAAGCAGUUCGACAGCACCUGUUUUGAAUUGUGCGCUUGCUUCGUCGGAUAAAAAUCGUACCUUUUCGCCAGAAGCUGCAGAUUGCAAUAUCACCCUUUGCAGAUCUGCGUCAGCAGUAGUAUCACGUGUUCCUUUUGAUGAAGGCACAAUUAAUUCACAAACGCAAGUGCAUUGUGGACCCCGCGUACGUCUUACGACGCCAAAGCACAAAGUAAUGUCGGAAAAUAUCAUGCAUGGGCAACGAAGGAGGUCACUUAUUGGUGCCCCAUCCUUACAUCGACAUUUUAAAAGCAUUGGCCGCCACUCAGAAGCUCGAAUUGCUAAUAGACGAGAUGCGAAAGAGACAUGGGUCUGGCGUCAACCGCCAGCCGCAGUCCCGGAUAAUGUAGUUGACAUCAUUUUAAGGAAGACGAAAAAAACUUGUAAUAAUGAAGAAGCAUGCGACCAAGGCGUCGAAAGUUGUGACAGUGACAUUUCAGCUCGCGGUACAGUUAGGUUGUCGCUUAGGGAACGAAACAUCGGCAAGUUUAUCAAAUCUAAAGUCAAGAGCAACAAGUCACCGACUUUAUCACGUCAAGCAAGUCGCAAUAUCUCUGUGAGGAACGUUUCGACAAGUCAAGCUUUAACUUUCCAGGCUCGAAUAGAAAGUAUCUGGCGAUUGGUGCAGCUUCCUUUUUCCGAUAAAUUGAGUAUGCUGGAGCGGCUAUCAACGCUGCAAGAUGCUGACGCCUUCAUAUCGGCGCUGGAACUCUGGGAGCGCGUCGUUUCAAUGUUUGAUAUUCGUCAACGUAUGAAGCUUGCAUUGCUGAAAUACGAAGAGUGUGGCGAGUUGCGGCCGAGCGAAUGGCUUUCACAAGCUGAAAUUGCGCUGGUUUCCGCGCUACCGUGGCCGUCAUGCACGUCUGGAAUGAAUUCGAAUGCUACACAUCACGAAACUGCAAUGUCUUAUGUUGAUUUCAAAACUUCGUCUAACUUCGCUGUCUGGAUUCAGGAGUUUUUUGGUGUUGUAACAUUGCAAACGGAAAAACUUGCUAUAGAACUCAAAGCCCGUACGGGUGAAGACUUUAAAUUUCAAGGACACCCUUAUCCAAAGUGUAUAUUGUAA